CCAUUCUUAACAGCCCGAAUCUCGUUCAGAUUCAAUCCUCGAUCUUUCUCACCGUCAACAUCUUCCAAAACUAGAAGAGCCAUUUUCUUAGGCGCAUUUUGUCAUCGCCCAACACAAGUGUUCUUUUUUCGCCGUCGCCCUGUUUAGAAGGAUUUUGACUUGAUUGACUCUAUUCUAGGUAUACACAGUACUGUGACGCCCGCUAUCUACCUAGAUCCAUUCCCCGUCCAUUUCCCGUCCAUUUCUCACAUUUCCAUCACUAUCCUCUGCACCAGCAAAAGCAAAAUCAUUUGCCCUGAUCGGUUCCGACCGCAGUUCAGGUUUUAAUAGGCCAAGACGCAGAUCGCGUUUGGAUACAUAUGAUGCAAUAGCCAGCCAUUGUAGCCAUCGUCUUCCUUUCACUUUUACUUUCACUUCAUACAAGUAUCACCCACAGGACCCUACUUUUCUCACGGUAAGGUUAGGAUUACUGUCGUGAUGACGAGAGAACGGAAAAAAGUCCCGGCGUCCAAUCGUGGCGUACGGGCUCUAACUCGUCGUGCGAAGAUGGAAAAAGCCCAUCAGACACAACAGCAACAUGAUGAUACGUGGAGAAACUUAAACCCUCACAAGGAGCCGCCCAGAAUGAAACACAAGACAACCUUUGAAUUGGUCGAGAACUCUGACAAGAAGAAGAAACUUGAAUUUGAGAUUACCACCGAUCGAAACCCUCCCCCAGGUUUCGAAUUUGUCCCUCUAGGACAUCCAGCACUAUCUCACACAUGUAAAGAGAUGUCCAGAGAACAGGAUGCCAUGAUUUUUAUUGUCUCUACCCGCGAAAAUCCUGAUGCCCUAGAACACCACAUGAAUCGAGUUGGUUACCAUUAUCGACAAAGAAUCGUCGAACAAGCUCGCGAGAAGUUGGUAGCUAUUGGAAAGUCUUUCAACGCCCCCAAACUUCACAAGCCUGGCGAACCGGAACCGAUCCCUCGAAAUCAAGCGGAAAUCGAUGCUCAAGCUGAUAAUGUCAUAAGAGACCUUUUCCCAAGAAUCCCUCAUACGGAUCGACGCGAAAUCAUCCAACAUGCCUUUCGAAAAGAUGGUAAAUUCCACGGAGAGUCUAGAGUUGGCAUGGUUAAAGAGCUGACAUUAGCACGUCGUGUUCAACUUGCUGCACUUGCUCACAUUAGGCACACACAUACUCGCUAUGAUGAGCUAUUAAAGGAGACUAGUUGGGCUAACGCUCGAAAAGCUGUAGAAAAGCCGUGUCUAGACAUCAUCGUCAAGUGGCGAGGAGACGAAGAAACCGGUCGCGACCAGCUAGAUGAGAUCCUUCGUGAAGUCAUUGAGAUCACUGACACCGAAGAGUCCGAGGAUGAAAGUCCAACUGCAGAACCUACUCCGGCGCCCCGUGCUAGCGCGAUGCCCACUGGAGUAUUGCCGAGGUACACAGCAGAACUAACACAAAUGAUGCCAGCUGAUCACCAGUCGCCUGCUCAGGCUCGAAGACAUGAUCUAUCCGUUCCAGGUGCCCCUACGUCAUCCAAACAGAAGGCUCUUGCAAGAGCUGAGAAGAGGAGCGCUCGAAAGACGCAGCGCUUUAGGAGAUACGCUGCUGCCGCCGAGGCUCUUGCAGGCACAGCUGGUCGAAGAAGCCAUGGCGAUGAUGCGACUGUGGCUUCGGCUCCCUUCUCUACCGUUCCAGUGGAUUUAACUCGGAGUCCCCGUUCCGUUCAAAUGCUUGAUCACAGCCGUGAGCCAACAGUGGCGGCGCACGGUACUCCCAAUGUGGAGCACGUACCUCGUCAUUUUGAAUUGCGAUCAGAUCUGCAGCGUUUGAAUGCAGGUCCUCGAAGAGAGAGGGUACCCACAAUUCCUCACGAUUAUCCUGAGGCCAAUAUGCAAGCCUCGCCUCAACGAGCGUAUAACCCGGAAAGUUAUAGACCCAAAGUUGGGCACGUACCAAACUACGACCGCCCGCAGACUGGACACUCGAUGGUAAGACAUGGAUUACAGGACAUGUUAUUACAGUCUAUUGAGCCCGCAUCUCCGCUCGCUCCCCGGCAAUCAGAUGAGGUUCCUCGUACCUCAUACGGUUCGCCUCAGCGCUUUGUAGAUGCGCCUCGUAUCGUCCCUCGCGCGGUUCAUGAACAUGUGGACUCUAUUCCACGCCCUUGGUCACCUGCGGUCAUGAGUAAUGGUAAUGAAUUGAUAGCAGAACGCCAUCGCCGCGGCAACUAUCCGCCUGAGCAUGCUGAUGCAUAUACCGGUCCACCGUUUUUUAAGAUUAACCGCCAGGAUCGUGGUGAGGAUCAUCGACAGAUGCCUGCUGAAUAUCUUCCGGACAGGCAGGUAUCGUUCAGGCCCAUUGAUGGAGGUUUGCCCCACAACCCGCCAGUUCAUAGUCAGGGGAUGACACACUACGGUGGUGAUACCUCCACUAGAACCCGGGCAAAUCCGAUUAUUAUUGAUGAUGAUGCGCAAUACCGACAUCGUCCAGUAGUUGAGGUGCGACGACACCCUGGCGGAGAGUACCAUGCUCCUCCCUUAAGGCAGGCAGAGGCAAUCCCUCAUCCUCCUAUUCGAAGAGAUACCCGCGUCCAAAAUGACCCCCAAGUCGUAUAUAUUGACACGCCCACCACUCAGCCAAGAAACGCAUUUGACUAUCGUGGCUCGGCUCACCUUCCCAGUCAUAGGUUCAAUCCGUAUCAAAAGCCAGACGCCCAUAGAGUGCCAGCCCCAGGACCACGACAUACAAUUAACGCGCCUGUGGGUUAUGAACCUAGUCAUCACAGAGAACCAAUGCAUAACCAGCACCAGGUUUUUGCGCGGGUAAGAUCGCCUGUGAACAUGUUUCGAGAAACACGGGCUGAGAUGCGGGCUGCCCCUCUGGGGCUAGACCGACCUGAUGUGCGCUACGCAAGCACUUCACACCACUACCAAGAACGUCCGGACUUCGCGCCUCUACCAAACAUGCAACAAGAUCGACGAGACGUUCGAUACUAUAGAAUAGAUGAGCAUCGUGAGGUUGCGCACCCCCAGGGGGAACAUGGACCCAACUACCAACCUCCUCUUAUCCCCCCUCCACCCGCGGAACAUUACAUGGAGCAUUACGAGUCUCCACUCCGACAACAUGUUCCUGAACGCCGUAUGGUCUUCGUAGGCCGUUAGUCCUAUAUAUAAUAGGCAUUAAAGAAUUGUAAAUCGACAACGAAUCUCCUUGGUCUUAUUAAUGAGAUGGAUCGAUAGAUGGACAUGGGGCAGCAUUAAGGAAAAACUGGCAUCGGCAUGAUUUGGACCAAAUCACAUUUGAGAUACCCUUUGGCUUUGAUGGUUUUCCCCAGCAUCACCGCAUUGCCAGGCGUUAUUGGCGUUUGCAUUAGAACAGAAGGCACAUAAUCGGUGGAUGGUCUAGAAGGCUAGGAGUUGAAGGAUUGCAUUUGCAUCUUUGGUUUGCAAAAGCCAACAUUAACAUACCUUGCCCACCACCAACAAACCCCUUUGAUUUAGAACCAUCGGCAAUAUGACAAUACCAGAAGGGUAUCAAGAUGGAGUCUAGAGACAAACUGAAUAAUAAACAUUUGCAUAUAAA